AUGCACAACAUAUUCACUCGUCGAACCCAGCUGGAGGCUCUUCAGCAAACACUGCUUGACAAAGCCGAUGCCAUUCAGGACGCCAUCCUCGCUAGCACUAGCUAUGUUGCCUCCGAGGCUGCCGUGGAGUAUAUCCUGACACUAGACGCCUUAAAGGAGUAUCAUCAGGCUUUGGACAUCGACCGCGCACUCCAGGAUGAGUAUGCCAUUGCAAGGGGGGAGGAUGCUGCCGGCCAACGGGACCCCGUGGGAAUUGUAUACAUUGUUCCGACGAGCUAUACAGUCUUCUACUCGGUCUUAGUCGCUGUUGCUGGCGCUAUUACUGCUGGUGAUUGUAUCGUUAUUGAACUGUACAACUCUCUUCAAGCCCUUCCUAUGUUGAUCAAGAAGCUCCUGGAGUCGUCGCUUGAUCGUAGUACUAUCGCAUUCGUCUCAACUUUAGUAACUGAUGAGGAUCUCGGACUGUAA